AUGUCCUCUCCAGUCUAUGUAGGUCCCGACGUCAACCGGGGAGGUGUUUUGAUCGGUAUAAUUUUGACAGAAUAUGGUCUUUCGACGGUAUUUCUGGCCUUGCGUAUGUGGGCUCGACUGAGUGUUGGAGGGACCAGUUGGGAUGACUAUUUCAUGAUGCUUACAUCUGCCAUGUUCACAGGCGUUGCGGUCCUUGCUGGUAUCCUCGGUGGUGAAGGGGGCAUACGACACUCGAUUUAUCUAAGUAAAGAACAGAGAAUAUACCUAACCAGGGAUUUCUAUAUCGCGCAAGCCUUUCAUCUCUUGGCCAUUGGAGCCGGAAAGCUUGCUAUUGGCUUUUUACUUCUACGACUCUUUGGGGCUGCCUCUAUACGGAGACGGUACCUCAUAUGGGUCUUGAUGGCCAUCCAGACUAUAUUCACUAUCCUCUCUGUCAUUUUUUCCUUCGUACAAUGUGAGAACCCAGCGGCGUUGUGGGAUCCAGAUCUACUCCCAGCAACGUACUGCUGGGACCCCGAGGUUCAAAGCCGAUUCACCAUCUUCUAUGGAAGCCUGUCUGCCGCGGUUGACUUUGUAUUUGCACUGCUGCCGAUCACUUUUAUCUGGAAACUGCAUAUGUCUGCUCGUAAAAAGGCCGGGCUAGCCGUUUUGCUCGGCGGUGGUGUGCUCUCCGGGAUCUGUGCUGCCAUCAAAACCAACAAACUGACUACACUCACGGUGCGAUCCGAUCUUCUCUGGUCGAUUUUCGAGCUUUACACUUGGAGUGGAACAGAGAUCUGUUUGAUCAUCAUGUGUGGCUGUGUGCCGGCUAUCAAGCUACUGUGGGAUCGUUUCUUCGGCCAAAAGUCACAGGCGAUGAGUGAGGGUACUCCACCUCAGUCAGACGCCUCUCGGGGGCGCUUGGCAAGCCUAUUCAAGAGCCCGAAGCGGGACAAGUUUGAGCUCACAAGCCUUAACGAUUCGCUUCAGAACAUCUCCCAUCCCGUCGAUGCAAAAGCCUUCAGCAGUCACAGCACUUCGGUUCGACCGGAAGUUUUCGAGGACGCUACUUCGAGCAAUAAACCAUCAGACUUAGAAGGUGGGAUACAGAUCAGUAACUCCUUUCGGGUGGAUUGGUCAGAAAGGGUCUAG